AUGUAUAACAGGUUGUAUAUUCAGGAGGACGAUCUGUUUGACUUGGAUUCACUCUGUUAUCAUGAAUCGCCAUCAGUGGAUGAUGAAUGCGCAUCUGUGAGCGCUACAAGUUCAUCGUCUUCCUCGAGUCCAUUCUUCAGGCAAACCUCACUGAUCGAUCAUGGUAUAAGUGAAAGUGAUCAGCAUUCGGAGAUCAGUGACUGCACGACGCGUUUAAGUUCAUCGUUGUCGCUCGAGAAAGGGAUGAGCGUUUGUUCGAAUGAUGAUGUCGAUAAUGAGGUGAAUGAACAAGCGUCUGGUGCUCUGAACGGUUCAUUGGGUACGGGUAUUGGAUGGAAUCCAUUUAGAAGAGCGUCUGCUAUGGCCAGUAUUGGCUUAAGAAGACAGCACUCAAUAAAUGCCAAAGAGCCUGAUACGGUUAGUGAUGAAUCUGGUUAUCAGGAUGGAACAAUCAGUCAUUCGGAUGACGAAGGCAUUCUGGCUGAACAAGAUGAAGGCGACUUUGCCGAAGAUGAGUAUGACAUUCAGGUUACUGCUCUUUGA